GGAUUCCAUACGUGGCAAGGAAUUUGUUGUGAGGUCUGGGUGCAAUGGCGAGCCUUCUGCGUGUUGCUGUCAGUGGGUGCUCAGCUCCUGUUUUUGGCAAUGUGUUCCCACCAAAGGCGCCGUCUGCAAAUAUGCUCUGCUUGCGAAUGUUUAGAACCCACCAGGUGCUUGGGUCUCAGGCAGCCCCAAAGCCAGGAAUUCCUUAUAAACAGCUGACUGUAGGUGUCCCCAAGGAGAUAUUUGAGAAUGAGAAGAGAGUGGCUCUAUCACCGGCUGGAGUUCAAGCCUUGGUCAAACAAGGCUUCAAUGUUGUGGUGGAAUCUGGUGCUGGAGAAGCUUCCAAAUUUUCUGAUGACCAUUACAGAGAAGUUGGAGCAAAGAUCCAGGGGACCAAGGAAGUCCUGGCUUCUGAUUUGAUUGUGAAAGUGAGGGCUCCAAUAUAUAACUCGGCUCUAGGUGUACAUGAGGCAGAUCUUUUCAAGACAGCCGCAACCCUGGUUAGUUUUAUCUACCCAGCACAAAAUCCAGACCUCCUGAAAAAACUUUCAGAAAAGAAAGCUACUGUCUUGGCUAUGGAUCAAGUUCCACGGGUCACCAUUGCUCAGGGAUAUGAUGCGCUUAGCUCCAUGGCCAACAUUGCUGGUUACAAGGCUGUGGUCCUGGCAGCAAAUCACUUUGGUCGAUUUUUCACGGGUCAGAUCACAGCUGCUGGUAAAGUUCCUCCAGCAAAGGUCUUGAUCAUUGGAGGCGGAGUGGCUGGCUUGGCUUCUGCAGGAGCAGCAAAAUCGAUGGGGGCAGUGGUUCGUGGAUUUGAUACUAGAGCUGCAGCCCUGGAACAGUUCAAGUCUCUUGGUGCUGAGCCUUUGGAAGUAGACUUAAAGGAAUCUGGAGAGGGACAAGGUGGUUAUGCUAAAGAAAUGUCCAAAGAAUUUAUUGAAGCUGAAAUGAAACUCUUUGCCAAACAGUGCCAAGAUGUUGAUAUUAUCAUCACUACGGCACUUAUUCCAGGCAAAAAGGCUCCUAUCUUGUUUAAGAAAGAUAUGAUUGAAUCAAUGAAGGAAGGUUCAGUUGUUGUGGAUUUAGCUGCAGAAGCAGGGGGUAAUAUUGAGACUACAAAGCCUGGAGAAAUGUAUGUUCAUAAGGGUGUUACACACAUUGGGUACACAGAUCUGCCUAGUAGAAUGGCUACUCAGGCCAGUACUCUGUAUUCUAAUAAUAUUAUCAAACUUCUGAAGGCUAUUAGUCCUGACAAAGAGAACUUCUACUUUGAUCCAAAAGAUGACUUUGACUAUGGGACUCUGGACCAUGUUAUUAGAGGAACUGUAGUAAUGAAGGAUGGCAAGGUGAUUUUCCCAGCACCUCCACCAAAUAACAUUCCUCAAGGAGCACCAGUGAAGCCGAAGACUGUAGCAGAGCUGGAAGCUGAAAAAGCAGCUACUAUUACACCUUUUAGAAAAACCAUGACUAGUGCAUCUGUAUACACAGCAGGUUUAGCUGGUAUGUUAGGGCUGGGCAUUGUGGCACCUAAUGCUGCUUUCACACAAAUGGUGACRACGUUUGGCCUCGCUGGAAUAGUGGGGUACCACACAGUGUGGGGUGUGACUCCUGCUCUGCACUCCCCGUUAAUGUCUGUGACUAAUGCUAUCUCAGGUCUAACUGCAGUUGGUGGGCUGGUACUGAUGGGAGGACACUAUCUCCCUGAAAACACUUCCCAAAGUCUGGCAGUACUUUCAGCCUUUAUCUCUUCAGUCAAUAUUGCAGGUGGCUUUUUAGUUACACAGAGAAUGCUGGAUAUGUUCAAGCGUCCCACAGACCCUCCUGAGUACAAUUACUUGUACCUGCUCCCUGGUGGUGUGUUUGUAGGAGGCUAUGCAGCCGCUCUCAGUGGUGGCUAUAACAUUGAACAAAUAAUGUAUCUAGGCUCAGGACUGUGCUGUGUUGGUGCCCUGGCUGGUUUGUCUACCCAAGGAACAGCUCGUCUUGGAAAUGCUUUGGGUAUGAUUGGUGUUGCAGGAGGUUUAGCUGCAACUCUUGGAAGCCUUAAUCCCUCGCCUGAAUUGCUGGCACAGAUGUCAGGUGCAAUGGCACUUGGUGGGACCAUAGGUCUGACCAUCGCUAAACGCAUCCAGAUCACAGAUCUGCCCCAGCUCGUGGCUGCUUUCCACAGUUUGGUUGGUUUGGCUGCUGUGCUCACCUGUGUAGCAGAGUACAUGAUUGAAUAUCCUCACUUUGCCACUGAUCCUGCUGCAAACCUCACCAAGAUUGUGGCCUAUCUUGGCACGUACAUUGGUGGAGUGACUUUCAGUGGCUCUCUCGUUGCGUAUGGAAAACUGCAAGGUAUCCUGAAUUCUGCUCCUCUGCUCUUGCCUGGUCGACAUGCUUUGAAUGCAGGAUUGCUGGCUGCCAGCAUUGGUGGGAUKAUUCCCUACAUGAUCGAUCCUAGUUACACCACGGGAAUUACUUGUCUGGGUUCCGUGUCAGCACUCUCAGCCAUAAUGGGUGUCACUUUAACAGCAGCCAUUGGAGGUGCUGACAUGCCUGUAGUUAUUACCGUMCUGAACAGUUACUCUGGAUGGGCUUUGUGUGCUGAGGGCUUUCUCCUGAACAACAACUUGCUGACCAUUGUUGGUGCACUCAUCGGCUCCUCUGGGGCCAUCCUUUCUUACAUCAUGUGUGUGGCUAUGAACCGUUCCCUUGCAAACGUGAUUCUUGGGGGCUAUGGCACUGCGUCAACAGCUGGUGGGAAGCCCAUGGAAAUUACUGGAACUCACACAGAAAUCAAUUUGGACAAUGCAGUUGAAAUGAUCAAAGAAGCCAAUAGUAUUAUUAUUACCCCAGGUUAUGGCUUGUGUGCAGCAAAAGCUCAGUACCCAAUAGCUGAUCUGGUGAAGAUGUUGAGAGAGCAAGGGAAAAAUGUCAGGUUUGGUAUUCACCCUGUGGCUGGCCGUAUGCCUGGUCAGCUGAAUGUACUGCUAGCAGAGGCUGGUGUUCCCUAUGAUAUUGUACUGGAAAUGGAUGAAAUCAAUGAAGACUUCCCAGAAACUGACUUGGUCCUUGUAAUUGGUGCCAAUGAUACAGUUAAUUCAGCAGCUCAGGAAGAUCCGAAUUCUAUCAUAGCUGGAAUGCCUGUGCUUGAGGUCUGGAAGUCCAAACAGGUCAUUGUAAUGAAGAGAUCUUUGGGAGUUGGUUAUGCAGCGGUGGACAAUCCCAUCUUCUACAAGCCCAAUACUGCCAUGCUCUUGGGAGAUGCUAAGAAGACCUGUGAUGCCCUGCAGGCCAAAGUCAGGGAAUCGUACCAAAGCUAAAUACUGAUUUAUAUUCUACUCAUAUUUCAGACUACAGUUUUGUCACAAAGGUCACAGAAAAUGAGAGGCAGAAGAAUCUCUUACUGUCAUGAGACAGCUGACUUUUGGAGAAGGCUGCAUUGGCUCCUAGGAGAUGUAGUUCUGUCAGGGGAUAUAGACUUUUUUAAAAAGAUGGGCAGAUUAGCCCUUCAAACUAAAUCUCCAAUGAGACAAUGCUUAAAAGAAUGGAAAUGUUCUUUUUAAGGUCAAUAUUGUGCUGUUACAAGAAGGAACUAAUAACUCCUAGUCAUCUUUAAGUAGUUAUUGGCUUCCUCCUCCUUAGUGUCUGUACUUCUGUCAUGGAAAUUCACUGAAAAAUAUUGUGCCAAAACUGUAUUCAGUCUUAUCAUCAAAGCUGUUUUUUGGCUGGUAUGGACAAUGCAACUGUUGAUUUCAUCAAAACUUAGAAAUAAAUUUCUAACAGAUGUAAGCAUAAGUAAAUCCUUCUAUGUCCCUUGAAACUCAGGACAUUCUCUGAAGUAGAUGCUUACAUAAUUUGAGACCUAAGCAUAAUGUUCUUUUUCUUUUGGGGAUUGUAUGGAUGCUGUGAAUCAGGAACAUUUUAAGAAAGUUACUUUUCCUUAAAAUACGGUUCCACUUUUUUAUGGUGCACACAUGUUAAAUGAAAUACAAAAUAUCAAGCACUUGCCGAAUGAUCUUUAAGUCUGACAAGGAAAUGUACAUUUACUUGCACUGCUUAACUAUUUUAAGCAGCUGCUAAAUUCUCCACCUUUUCCAGUCGCUGCCUUUUUAAGUGUCUGAGAAAAAAUAUGGUCCAGUUCUGUGCAGGAGAACAUCUUGAAUACCUGAUCUGCUCACAGAAUUUGGACCACAAUGUUUCAGUUUGUUCACUUAGAUCUUGAAUUGUACUUACUACUUUAAAACUUAGUGAUGCUUUCUUAAUUAACAUUUUUGUGAUAGUGAAAAAAAAAAUCUUCUGAAUGCUCCCUCUCUAUUCUGCUCUUGUGAGAUCCCAUCAGGAUUGCUGUCUUCAGCUCUGGGACCCCWACACAAGGAAAAUGUUGACUUGUUGGAAGAUUCCAGAAGAGGCCACUAAGCUGAUACAGGGCCUGAGCACCUGUCCUGUGAACACAGAUGGGGGGUUGCUCAUCUGGGAGAAGAGAAGGCAUCUAUCUAUGACACCUUCUAGCACCUUCCAGYGCCUAAAAGGGGCCCACAAGAGAGCUGGAGAGGGACUUUUCACAAGAAWAUGUAGUGAUAGGACAAGGGGAAAUGGCUGCAAACUGAAGGAGGGCAGAUUUGGAGUAGGUGGUAGCAAGAAAUUUUUUACUGUAAAGGGGGUGAGGCACAGACACAAGUUGCCUAGAGAAGUUGUGGAUUCCCCAUCCCUGGAAGUGUUCAAGGCCAGGCUGUAUGGGGCUCUGAGUAAUCUGGUCUAGUGGAAGGUUCCCUGCUCGUGGGGUUCAUUGGAACUGGAUGAUCUCUAAGGUACCUUACAACCCAAACCAUUCUUUCCUUCUAUAUUUAAGAUGCUGGAGUUCAUUAGAAUUUUUCUAAAUAAGCUAUUGUUUGGUCAGCACAGAAUCAUACUAAACUGAAAAUCCAGAGACUUGAUUGUUUGACUUCUUAUUAAUCUAAUUAAAAGCACUGUUUAAUUUCCAUAAUAAGUCCUGCAAAGUUACGACAUAGAUUGCUGUUUUAGUUUUAUUGUAUUAGGUAUACUUGAAUGAAAUUCAAAUAUUUGUCCAAUAACAUGGAUUUGUAAUAUUUCCAUAAUGAUUUAGCAACUUUAGGCUAAAUAACUGUCCUUGUGUUUGAAAGCAUUCAUAUCUAGAGAAGACAAACAAUGAUGAAGUAAGUCUUGAAAUUAAUCCAUCUUGGUUGCUAGAACAAACAUUUUUUUUUAUUACACCAUGCACAGAGACCUCAUAUAAGAUACAGUAUUUCUUCUUGGCUACCUCUGUUUUUAUGUGAAUAUCGCUUAAAACACAGAUUUUGAAUAGGUAAUACAUUAAAAAUGUAACAAUAUAUAGCAGAUCUAUCAUUUUUGCAGAUGUCUUUUCUAUAAUUUGACAUAAAAAUUAUCAUGCAAAUCUUAAUAUGUUGUAUACUGCAUGAAAAGGCUUGAAUUUGUAAUUGAAUUUUAAUUUAAAACAUGGUGUCAACUAUAUUUGAAUAUAGUGUGUAUGGCCUCUUGAUUUCACUGUAUUCAACUUUUCCUUCAGGUCUUCAAAAUGUGGGAGGGAAAGGAGAAGAGGUAAGACACAKAAGUAUUCAUCUCUCUCCCUCCCAACUAAACAAAAAAAAGGGAUUUUAAGGGAUCUAAUGUCCUAAAGCAUUCAUUUAUUUCUUGUCAAACUCAAAGUAUCUGGCUUCAGUAUGCGUCAUGUCUCUGCUCAUAGGUAGCUAAUAAAAGGUCUAGCUUUUCUUUUAAAAGAACAGCAAAAAGGGAGGGGGAACAUUUUCAUUUGUACUCAGAAAAAAACCCGUAUUGUUAUUUUGGAUCAGUAGUACCAGCGUUUUCUUUAACAUGCUUUAUCAUGGAACACUAGAUAAUUGUUGAAGUGCUAAUAAAAAGUCAGUUAUUUUUCUCUGUUGAUCACUGUCUAUGUUCUUUCCUGUUGCGUUUCCUGACUACUUGACUAGUCCAAGAUUAUUUUUGAGAGUUAAGUGAAUCAAAGUACCACCAAAGGAUGUUGAGUUUGAAGGCUGUAGUGAAUGGAAAUCAUUGUAAUUUUUUUUUUAAAUUUUGUUGGUCCUUUACAUUUUUUCAUUCUGUGUAUGACUGUCACCUGACAGUAGCAACUUCACUUAGCUUUUCUAUUAAAGGAAGAGGAUUGGAUAUCUGAGAGUGAUUGAACAAGAUAUGUAUUGCUUUAUUGGGAUUAAAGAAAAAGAAAGCUGUAAAAACUGACUUGUCUGAGUAGUUAAUUUUCCAGGGGCUGAGGUGUGACGUGAAUGCUAUCCCUUUGAUCCAAGUGCCGUGUAAAUUUGCUUCAGUUGUUAUUUAGUUCUGCAGGACUAUUGAGUUGAUUGCGGUGAUGAUUUUAGUUUCUGCUUUCAAAAUGAGUGGUUAGUAAAUAAUUUUAGCCAUCUGAUAGUCUGUUCAGCUGUGGAACUUCUGCAGUUUGCAGUGUGUGUCCAUGACUCACUGAGGCAACUUUAAUCUUAGUCGUGGGGGUUAUUUUUUGUUGCUUCUUUAUUUAUUUUUCUUUUUAAUACAAAUUGUUGCAUUACCAGAGUUAAAGAGAAAUUUCGUUUGGAAGGAUCUGCUGGAGAUAAUUUGGCCCAGUUCCCUGCUGAAAACAGGUCCAAUUUGAUUAGAUUGCUACAGGGUUUCAUUUGAACAUCUUGGUGGAGAUGUCACAGCCUCACUGUUGGUACCCUGUUUGAUUCUUCCAGUUGGGAACAAAUGAUUUUUUACACAUUGUAAUUAGAAUUUCCUUUACUGGAUUUGCCUGCAACCUCUGGAGACCAGUUUGCCCAUUUGUCCCAGUCUCCAGCAGCAUUUCAUAUCUUUUUGCGGGCUGAUGUGCUUCCCCAACUCUGGAAUGCAUUAAUUGUGCAAGCAUCCAGUUCCCUCUGCAAUACCCACCUGGGUGUUCCUAUCUUAGACAAACUAUACUGAACAUCAGAGGCGGCUGACAGGGAAGGGGUGGAGGGGAUUUGGGGGGGAGGAAAGACUGAAAUAGAACUGAAGCGCAACUACCUUUGAGCAUUUUUCCACUCUUCUCGAGCCAGCGGUUUAUUUAGAUCAGAAAUUAAAACUUAGCUUUAUAAAAUAUGGUAUUUCUAAUUAACAAACCUCUUACUUUCUUUACAGAGAAGUACAAAACUUUUGUUGUGUAAAAUUGGCUUUGAAAAUUUUUUGUGAGUAGGAGAAUGUCACUAUUUACAAAAUARCAGGGGUUGUAUUAUGUGAUCUAUCAAUCUUUCUCUUGGAUUCUUUCUUUAGUCUGUGAUGUGGUUUCUAAAAUUCCAAUCUAAUGAGUAUCCCACUAUAUUGGUUUCCUGCAGCAAGCAUGUAAUUCUGGUCCAUUCAAAUAGAGAAACUGGGGACUGAACUUGUUUCUGUAUUUUAGUUUGAAUAAAAACCAUGACAUUUUGARUUUUA